AUGAAGAUCAUUCCAAUCAUACUCAUCGCGAUCAUAACAUCAUUUCCGGCUUCGAUCAAAGUCGUUGAUGCCAAAAAGGAGCUACCAUUUUGCAAUCUAGAGCUUCUAGCUUGCGUCCAACCCUUUUUAGUUAACGGUCAAGGAGGCAAACUACUUAAUGGAUGUUGUGAGAAACUGAAAAAAUCAACAUCAUGUAUGUGUAGGUUCCUUACGGCCAAGGAACGAAACUUAGGAUCAGCUGCUCAUAGAAUGCUUUGGUGGUGUAAAAUUGAUGUCCCCAAAUGUCCCAAAGUCUAG